AUCCAAAUACUUUUAGUUUUUGUUGGGUUUAAGUCCAGCUUAAAAUGAAUACGUCCGAAAGGUAUAUAAAGAACAUAGCACUGGCCCAGAUGGACGGCAAAUACUUUAUCGAUAAAAUAACAAAAUUGAUAACGUGGAAGGAAGGCUGCCGUAUUUUGGACGUCGGCUGUGGACCUGGAAAUGUGACAAGCGAUUUCCUUCUACCCACUUUACCAAAGUCAGCUAACAUAAUCGCGAUCGACAAGGCGGCCCAGUUUAUACGUUACGCGAAGGAGCACUACGCAAAAUCACCUCAGGUUGACUUCGUUCAAAUGGACAUCGUGUUUCCGGAUCCAAAGUUGUACCAAACCUUCGACCAUGCCAUUUCACUCUACUGUUUUCACUUCGUAACCGAACAGGAGGUAGCACUAAGGAACAUAUACAACAUGUUAAAACCUGGUGGAGACCUUUUCUUUAGCUGCUUAGUGCACUACAGUCUUUUCGAUGUAUUCGCCACAAUUAGCGAAAGCGAAAAAUGGAAGCCUUACGUUGCCGAUUAUAAAUUAUGCAUGUCUCCUUAUCAGCAAUCCGAAAAUCCAAAAGGUGAUUUGGAGAAGAUGUUGCUGGCUGCUGGGUUUGAUAUAUCUUUUAUUAUCGAAGAGCCAAGGAAGUACAAUUAUCCCAUAAACGAUAUCAAAGAGAUAUUUCUUUCGAUAGAUGGUAUAAACAUAUCGCAGGAUCUCGAGAAUGAAUUUCAAAUUGACCUUCGGCGUAUCGUUAAAAACUUGGGACAGAUCGAAAUUGAAAAUGGCAGUGAAUUAUAUUGUACCAAUGGCAAGGUGUUGUUUGGGCAUGUUGUUAAACCAAAAAGCGUAAUCUAAAAAACCCAAAAUUUCACACUGUAUAGGUAAAUACGAAUAUGGUUAACUUUCACUAACAGAAGUGUUCUCCGGCGAAAUAUAAAUCAUCCACGGUACCAGUGUAUUUUAUCCAUAAAGUAUUCGCCACCAUUCUGAAUCAGUAAGACAGUAAACUAGAAAACUACACUAGUACCUAUCUAUUGUUUAUAGUAUAAGAAAAAGUAAUAAUAAACCCCUGAAAAUAAUUCAGUAAAAAAUU